GCUCCGAGAGCAGAAGAAGAUUUGGCAGGGACCAGUGCGUCUUCUUGUCCUCCAAAAUGUCCAAGUUACAGCAGCUCAGGCUCUUCGUGAAUGAGCGUCUGACAGCAGCAGCGGAGGAAAUCUUCGGCGCCGUGGAGAGAACCAUAUUAGAGUUUCACAGUGACAAAGCUUUUGUGUCCCAGUCGGAAGAUGUGAAGCCCAGCGAGCUGCUAAUGCUAGCCGAGGCUCUGAAAGCGGAGGAGGAGGAGGUGUUCCCGGCAGGCUCCCAACAGGUGAGUGUAUCCGAACCAGAGGUCUCCACACAGACAACAUAUGCUCAGGCCAGUCAGCUGUUGGUGAAGCAGGACACACUGAGAGCAGACUUUCUGGUAAAUCAGGAACACUGGCCGAGAGGAGACAAAGGGCAGCUGCAGGAUCUGUUACACUGUGAAGCUGUGGCUUGUUUCAAAUCUGAACAGAGCACAGGGUCGCCCUCCUCAUGCUUUCAGAGCCAAAGUGUGGCAAGCACACAGGGAGUGGUGCUUUUCCCCCAUGCCACAACAGAGUCUAAAAAAAUUAAGCAGGAAGCAGAUGGAUGUGGUGGAUCGGAUUUCUGCCAGCCCAUCUCCUCAGAUAGUGGGGCUGAAAAUGAUGCCUGUGAUAAUGAAAGGAUGGAGAGCAGAGCAUCCAAUUCAAAGACAGUGCAGCCAAAAACAAAGGCAAAGCAAAAGCAGAAGAGUUCCAGCUUAAGCACUAAGAAAAGGACAAGUCCUUUCUGUUGUAAGCUCUGUGGAGAAUCUUUCUGCCACAGGAAUUCAUUGAUGAUUCACCUGAAAACACACGGAGACUGUGCGCUGCAGCACAUAGAAACACACAAAGAGGACAAUCUGUGUCACGUCUGUGGCAAAACAUUCACCACAAAGACCCAUUUAAAAAGGCACAUGCUGAUCCACACAGGUCAGAAGCCUCACUGUUGCAAGGAGUGCGGCAGGAGAUUCGCACGAGGCGAGUGUUUGAGAGUGCACAUGAGGAUCCACACAGUGGAGAGGCCAUACACAUGUGGAGUGUGUGAGAAAGGAUUCAGGCAGAGAAGUAAUCUAAUUACUCACAUGAGAAAGCAUACGGGAGAGAAACCUUACUGCUGUGGCAUCUGCUCAAGACCAUUUGCAUACAAGAAGGACAUGCUGAGACACACGCAGAUCCACACAAAGACGUGAAAAACUCAGUCCACCGUGAUAAGCUUUGGUCUAGUAUUUCUGAGUUUAACUUGUUUGCUAUUAUUAUUUUUUUUCCUUUUGAUUAAGUGUGAAAAAAGAGAUGGUGGAAGUGUUUUUAUUAAUAGAGCAAAAUGCAUUUUCAAAAUGUUUGUUGUAUAUUGCAAGGGCUAGGCAGUUAAUCCCAUUUUAACCUCCUUUACUAUCACGACUUCCAGCAAUUCUAAAAAACAAAACCCCCCAUUUCAAUAAAUAUUAAAAUUAAGCAAGUCUGCUGCUGCCUGGAUGUAUUCAUACCUGUCUGCAUGGUCAGACAUCUCAGUUGAGACUGUGGGCCACCAGAAGCUGCCUAGUCUUCUACCAGAUGAAAGUGUCUUUGUCAUUUAUUUGAUUUCCAACUGAAUUAUAUUUUUUGACAUUAAGCAGGCCUACAAAGUGUCUCACAAGAGCAACAUAAUAUUACAUGUCAUGGGUGGGUGUGGGGGGCCUGGAUGUUUUUCAGUAUAGCUGCAUUAAUGUGUAGAACCUCUCUAAAAUAACUGAAUCAUUUUAGUGUGUUCAUUUGUGUGAACAGCCUGUUCUGUUUUUAAGGGCAUCAACAGGGCCCUAUUCCAGAAAGCAGUUUUAGCUAACAGCUCUGAGUUAUUUAACCCUGAGUUUCUGUUCCAGAGUUGACUUCAGUUCUGAGUCAGUCACUAGGGUAAUGGCUAAUCCCUAAUGCUUCCAUUUAUUUCCCCACUAUAAAUCCAAGUUUGUUUUUUUUAUACAUAUAGAUAUAUCUAUCUUUUCAUGGGACAACACUGAAGAUAUGACACUUUGAUACAAUGUAAAGUAGUCAGUGUACAGCUUGUACAGCAGUGUAAAUUUGCUGUCACCUCAAAAUAACUCAGCAUACAGCCAUUAAUGUCUAAACUGCUGGCAACAAAAGUGAGUACACCCCUAAGUGAAAAUGUCCAAAAUGUGCCCAAAGUGUAAAUAUUUUGUGUUGCAACCAUUGGUCUCGUCAAACCACAGGUAAUCCAUGUCCUUAGUCUGCUUGUCUUCAGCAAACUAUUUGCAGACUUUCUUGUGCAUUAUCUUUAGACGAGGCUUCCUGGGACGACAGCCGUGUGAUGCAGAGUGUGGCGUAUGGUCUGAGCACUGACAGGCUGACCCUCCACGCCUUCUGCAGCAAAGCUGGCAGCACUCAUGCAUCUAUUUUCAAAAGACAACCUCUGGAUAUGACGCUGAGCACAUGCACUCAACUUCUUUGGUCGACCAUGGCGAGAUGUGUUCUGAGUGGAACCUGUCCUGUUAAACUGCUGGUAUGGUCUUGUAACACUAACGAGUCGCAUGACACCAGGGAGGGAAAAUGGCUAAUUGGGCACAAUUUGGACAUUUUCACUUAGGGGUGUACUCAAUUUUGUCACUUUUUGCCAGUGGUUUAGAUGUUAAUGGAUGUAUGUUGAGUUAUUUUGAGGUGACAGCAAAUUUACACUGUUGUACAAGCUGUACACUGACUACUUUACAUUGUAUCAAAGUGUCAUAACUUCAGUGUUGUCCCAUGAAAAGAUAGAACAAAAUAUUUACAAAAAUGUGAGGGGUGUACUCACUUUUGUGAGAUAUAUAUAUUUUAUUUAUUUAUUCAUGUUCUUCUUCCCUCCUGCUUCUUACCAUAGCCAUCGUGAUCCACACUGACACAGUGAUAUUCCUCAGUCCACUGGAUUCAAAGUGAGGCUGUGCUUUCUUGGAGAAUCAGAGCUUCACUGAUGAUGGUUUUCUUUCUGUACUCAUAAAUGUGCUUAACCCCAUCCUGAACGUACUCACAGUUGUAUUGAACUAACUGGUCAGCUGUUCUGGAAUGAGAAGCCCAGAGUUGUUGACAUCAGAUUUAACCAACUCAGUUUAUUUUUAAACUCAGAUUUUAUUAAACAUGCUUCCUGGAAUAGGGCUUUGGUUGGGUCUUCCAGAGCCCACUGUUAGCGUGUUAAGGAGAAGCCCCCACAGUCACGGAAGCGAUCGUUUACCGUCUGUGUGAACCCUACUUCUCGCCUGUGGGUUUCUAUGGACUGGAGGAACUUCUUCAGCGUUGCUGUUGGAGGAAUUCAAAUGUUUUUCGUGUAGCUGAGGAUGAGUGCAGUUCUUUGAACUCUGUGUUAGCUCCUACCUCAAGGCUUUUUCUCUCAGUAUAAGCGGUAUAAGUGUGUCCAAUGAUUGAUUGAAUGGAACAUGGGUAACCACUAAAAUGUUUGCAUUGUAAACAGCAUUUGCUUGAAAAAAUACAUCAGCAUUAAUAACAUGAAGUAAGGAUCUAAGAAUCUUUUUAAACUUGAGCCUGUAUAAGAACUUGAGCAAAGCUGUCAUCUGUCUGUUGUGAAUGAGUUACUUCUGUCGGUUUGAAGAUCCCUCUCAAAGUACUCUAAUCAGCUAAACUUGCAGUUACAUUUGACUUAUAAUGCUAUAAAAUAAGGACACAUAUUUUGCUGUUGCGUAGAUUUCCAUAUUCUACAGGUUUUCCACAUAUAACAUUUAAUGUAAUAAAAACAUUAUCAUACUUAAUUGCAUGCUCCCCUUGCACCACAGUUAGUGGUCACAGUUAGGUCCAUAGUUUUUGGGGGGCAUACACAGUUUUUGUAGUUUUGCUGAUAUACACAGCUGUAACGGAUUUUAAGUCAGAAUGUGUGAUUGAAGUGCAGACGUUUAGCUUUAAAACAAGGGGUUUAACAAAAGUAUUGCAUUAACUGUUUAGGAAUUACAGCCUUUUAUUUUCUUUCUUUCUUUCUUUCCUUAUUCAUAGUCCCCAAUUUUGUGAGGCCCAGAAGUAAUUGGAGAAUUGACAAGUAGUCAGACAUUACUAAUAAGAAAUUCUAGCGUGCCUUUAGUGAUACACUUUGGGUCAUUAUCAAUUUGCACUGUGACACAAACAGUUUUGCAGCAUUUGGCUGAAUCUGAGCACAGAGUGUAGCCCUGUACACUUUAAAGUGCAUCCUACUACUUCUAUCAGCAGUCCCAUCAUCACACAAUAGAGAGCUGGUUCUUUUAGCACUUUGUGGUAAACGCUCUGUGUUUUCAUUGAUCACUCUGAUUGUAGACCUCGACAGUGACACACCUACCUCAUCAAGAGUGUUCUUAAGUUUGUUAGACGUGAAGUUUCUUAAACCACAUCUUUGAACUAAAAUUACAAUGAAAAUCUAUAAAAUCCAAAUUCAACACCUUGAAUCAACUUAUGAUGUUUUCCUCAUUUGUGACAGAGUAUCGGGUGAAGUGACCUAACCUGACCUAAGUCAGUCAAUUGUCUCAUUAUUGUUGCUUCUAAAAAUGGGGGACUAUGUAAAAACACAGGUAAUCCAUCAUUGUUAAAUGAUCAAAAUUCCUGCAUUUAAAUCCUAUAUUGAUUGAUUUAAAAUCCACCAUGGUGAUAAAAGGAGGAAAGACUCCAAAAAUGAUCUUUUUCUAACAAACGAUAGCCCUAAUCCCAACCGCCUCUUUCCAUAACGCCAUCAAAACACCAUAUUUAAAUGUAAUUAAAUGGUUUAAGGUGAUGCAGGGAUGCUGUUUGAGUGAACGAGAUCCUUUUAAUUAACAUCUUAUUAUGUAUUUUGUUGAAAGAAAGUGUAUAUGUGCUUUUCAGGCAUUAAAAUGCAUGUAAGAU